UCCCCUCGAUUGAAAUAGUGAUCACCGAAUAAUGUAAUUAUAAAUAAUAUUUUUCCCGACGAGAUGACUGGAGGAAGGUUGAAUUCAUCAAACGAAUGUAAGAAAGGGUUAAUAUCUAUCCAAAACUUAAAAAAGUGAUGAAAGCGUUCGCAAUAUCAUCGUCACUAUUAGCAUUGAAAUCUUUGAAUUUCAACCACACUCGAAAUCGAAUCUCCAAUAAUCCCUUUCUUUUCUCCAACAAAACUCUCUUCUUUCGCCAAAUCCACUCUUCCCCUUCUCCAAUCAUGGCUGCUUCAUCCAUCAAUUCAGAAUUAGCACGUUCACCACCCGCAAUUCCCUUGCCCACCCCACCUCUCACUAAUUUCAAGAUUGGUCUCUGUCAACUCUCAGUCACCUCCGAUAAGGACAAAAACAUCGCCCACGCACGCACUGCUAUUCAAGACGCUGCUGCAAAGGGUGCUAAGCUCAUUCUUCUACCAGAAAUUUGGAACAGUCCUUAUUCAAAUGAUAGUUUUCCUGUUUAUGCUGAGGAUAUUGAUGCUGGUGGUGAUGCUUCUCCUUCCACUGCUAUGCUUUCUGAACUCUCUAGUUUGUUGAAAAUUACCAUCGUUGGUGGUUCUAUUCCUGAACGUUCUGGAGAUCGAUUAUAUAACACUUGUUGUGUCUUUGGCACCGAUGGAAAACUCAAAGCAAAGCACCGUAAGAUACAUCUUUUUGAUAUUGACAUCCCCGGGAAGAUUACCUUCAUUGAAUCAUUGACUCUUACUGCUGGGGAUACUCCAACGAUUGUUGACACAGAGGUUGGACGCAUUGGCAUAGGCAUAUGCUAUGACAUUAGGUUUCCAGAACUAGCAAUGAUAUACGCUGCAAGAGGUGCUCACUUGCUCUGCUAUCCUGGGGCUUUUAACAUGACAACUGGUCCAUUGCAUUGGGAGUUAUUGCAGAGGGCAAGGGCUACAGAUAAUCAGUUAUAUGUGGCAACCUGUUCACCUGCUCGGGAUACUACUGGUGGUUAUGUGGCUUGGGGUCACUCCACUCUUGUUGGUCCUUUUGGAGAAGUUUUGGCUACUACAGAACACGAGGAGACAACCAUUAUAGCUGAAAUUGAUUACUCAAUACUGGAACAGAGAAGGACAAACCUCCCUGUGACUAAGCAACGGCGAGGUGAUCUUUAUCAAUUGGUAGAUUUGCAGAGGCUGAAUUCCAACUGAAUGGAGCGGGACUUUUAUAUUUGAGGCAUCUGCAUAAUUACAUUACCUUGUAAGAAGCAUGCACAUGCCAUCUUUUAUGGUAAUUGGAUGCUGUAUUAUUGAUGAUGUGGAACCCAAACCCUAAACAGAAAGAAAGAAAUAAAGGAAUUUGUGCUUUCUCUAUCUGUUUGGUUUGUUGUUAAUUGUGACCAUGGUUACUAGCAUUUCUCAAAUCGGGAUUGGACAUUGUUUAGCCUGUGAGGAAAUAAAUGAACUUGGACGUAUGUACAGGAGCGGUGUGUUGUAAGUUAUGAACUGUGUUGUCUGUAUGAUCAGUGACUCCAGGUUGGUUCCAGUGUAGUGCGGAUCACAUGAUCAGGCUAUGAGGAUCUGGUUAUAUGUACAACAUAUGUCAGAUUCACAGGCCGAAAUGGAUUAAAGGUUUUAAACUU